AUUUGGUUUUUGAACAAUGCAUUGUAUGUGGUGAAAGGAGUCAUUACACCGGAGAAAGACAAUUUGACCAGGAAGGGCAGAAGCAGAGAAUGGAAUGUUGUGUCGGAGUCAAGAGUGAUGAGAAAGGGCUACUGAGAACCAGGCUCAAGUCUCAAGUCCGAGAAUCUGAGUGCGACGAUAAUGACACUGUAGAAACAAAGAAAAAACCGAUAAAGGAAGGUUCAGAGAGACGACACGAGUUAGCAAAAGCAGUCUUGGAAGAACAAGACGUCGCAGUGAUAAAAGAAUCGCCGACGACAUGUGACGAGAAUUGUGAAAAGAUUGAUGGAAAGGAAGACAUUGUACUGAAAAAAUAA